GUAAAGAAAUUAAUGAAAAGUUACCUAAUGUUGCAACAACCAACUGAUGAUCAAAUGAUGACUUAUGCAAUAUCAGUUGCUACGCUACUUGCUACAGCUAGAGGAAAAUCUAGGCCACUCUUAUUUAUGACUAUCCAGGGUGAGAACAUUGAUAUGGAUGAAGCAUUAUGCAAGAUACAACAUAGCCAUCCCCAUAUACUUGGCUUUGGUAGUGAUCUUUCUAAUAUGGUGGAGUUUAGAGUGGUCAUUGAGAAAAAAAAUGUUAUGAGAACAUUGAUAUGGAUGAAGCAUUAUGCAAGAUACAACAUAGCCAUCCCCAUAUACUUGGCUUUG